GGAAGGGACGCAGGAGGGGAGAUCUCUUGGCCAGUAGUUGGAGCCGUUUCCGUCCGGAGCCGGAAGAGCAGGGAUAGUGGCGGGGCUGAGGGAUUGGAGCCGGGGAGCGGCGUUGCGGGUUCGGGGUUAUCCCGGCGGAUGCAGAGACGUGAGAGUCUCCGAGAUCUGACUCCCUAGGAGGUAGGCGCUCCGAGGCCCCGCGGUGCACCGCUCUGUCAUUCUAAACCUAACUGCCAUAAUUGCUAUUGAAGAUUAUUAAACAACAAAUAGGAGCAUGGCAACAAAUCCUCCUGGACAAGGUUUUCAAAAUAAGAAUCGAGUAGCAAUUCUGGCAGAACUAGACAAAGAGAAAAGGAAAUUACUUAUGCAAAACCAAUCUUCAACAAAUCAUCCUGGAGCCAGCAUUGCUCUCUCCAGGCCCCCUCUUAAUAAGGAUUUUCGUGAUCAUGCUGAACAGCAGCAUAUUGCAGCACAGCAGAAGGCUGCUUUACAGCAUGCUCAUGCACAUUCUUCGGGAUACUUCAUAACUCAGGAUUCUGCAUUUGGAAAUCUCAUUCUUCCUGUUUUACCUCGACUUGACCCAGAAUGAAGGAAAUAUUUGCAUUAGGGAAAAUAACUUUGUAAAAUGAACUGCCAAAGUUAAAAUCAUUCUGAUUCACUCUGUGCUAAGAAAUGACUCACAUUUUUUUGGGUGAGAUUUUGUAUUUUAUGCCUUUGUUAUAAGAAAGGCACUUUACAUCUAUGCAGGUGAAAUGUACAUAAAUGGUGCAUGUUAUACACAGUUUGUAACCAUUCUGUAAUGCACUUCAUUUAUUUAUAUCAAUAUGCUUGACUGAUUUAAAUUUUUUUUUUAAUUUUAAGUAGAAUGAAUUAUAGACUAGAAAAUAGAAAAAACUACAUAAGGUACUUAACUUUAAGGAAAUGCCAUUUCCCCCUCUAAACAAAUGGGGUUGGCCAUAGAAAAAAAUCCAUUCCUUUUGGUGUUUUAUCAGACUGUUAUUAAUGUAACCACUGCAUUCAGGUUCUUGAACAUUUUGUUUUAGAAAAUGGUCCUGAAAUCUUUUAUGUGACCUCAUUUCUGUUUUUUUUGGUCUCACUUUUAAUCCUAGAAAAGAGAAGUUAGUAUAAAUUACAAACUAGUAUUAUACUUUUUAGUAUUUCUUAAAUAUGAAAUUUAUGUAAAUGUUAACACAUGAUAUUAAAAAUUACCAUGACAAUAACUGUUA